UCUGUACAAGGUAUUUUCAUCCGAUUUUUUUUUGAUUGACUCAAUCGAAAACCUCAACUCAACAUGCCUGGCAAAGUUGCAUCCAAGAAAGGAGAGAAGAAGGCUGCUGUCAAAAGCAAGCCCUCUGGAGAGAAGAAGACCCGCAGAAAGUCUCGCAAGGAAAGCUACUCCAUUUAUAUCUACAAGGUUCUGAAGCAGGUCCACCCCGACACUGGUAUCUCAUCCAAGGCCAUGAGCAUCAUGAACUCGUUUGUCAAUGAUAUCUUCGAGAGAGUUGCCACUGAAGCUUCCCGAUUGGCUCACUACAAUAAGAAGCACACCAUCUCAAGCAGGGAAAUCCAAACUGCUGUCAGACUCCACCUCCCUGGAGAGCUGUCUAAGCACGCUGUGUCUGAGGGAACCAAGGCUGUCACCAAGUACACAAGCAGCAAAUAGACUGUUUUCUCUUUCUUUUUCAACCGGCUUUUCUAAAAGCCACCACUUCAUCAAAAGAUAUCACCACACUCAUUUUAUUGCAUUGAAUAAAAAAAGUUAAUUAUUAUU